UAACGGAGGCACGCAGAUUGCCACAUCUGUCUGAUUAAAACGAUGUGUUUUAUUUUAAAAUGAGAAAACGGUUCAACUCUGAGAUUGACUUUUAUACUGAAGCGGCCCUUUGUUUUUGCUGUAACGUUAGCUAAGAUCUCUGAUGUGGCAGACAGCCGUGCUAAAUCCACUGCUGUCUAGAGUAGGAGAAAGGUGGGCGUGAGGAUGACGUCAGCGGGGAGUGUGUAUGUGUGAGUGUGUGUGUGUGAUCAGGUGUACACGCCGUUUGAGGAGGGAGAGCGAGGAAGCGAUGGAAACUUGAGGUCAGACAUCGUGUCAAGGGCGUUGAUAGCUGCCCGUUUUAAACCAGGCGAACCCCCACGCAGCUGCGUGUCCCGGAUGAGCGCGAGCGCGAAUGGUUCCCGCCACACAGAGAAACUGGAAAGCGACGGUGACCUGUUACCUCUCCAUUUCUGUUGGAGAUUUUUCAGUUUUUUUGCGCAGAAGACUCUUGUUUUCCUCAGUGGCACCGUUACUGAUGCGAGAUGGGCUGAAGCUCGUCGCAGGACCGCAGGGGCGGUUUGGAGCCAGGACAUGUCUGCAGCACUAACGAAGACGAGUGGACAAGAGGGAAAGGACUGAAGGAUGCAAGGGGUGACGGUGAGCGGAGAGGCGCCCACCCUGACAGGGGGAGGAAGGGAGGAGCAGCGUCCCCUCAAGCAGUCCUUAAGUGGCUCUCUGUGCCGGGAGUCCCAUUGGAAGUGCCUGCUGUUGACCCUGCUUAUGUAUGGCUGCUUUGGCACCCUAGGCUGGUGCUCCCUGUACCGCAUCACAGUCAUGGCCUCUGAUGACCAAGGUCCUGCCUAUUACUAUGGUGACCGAGCCCGGCUCUAUCAUGACAGCCCCUGCUCCAAUGGAUAUGUCUACAUACCUGUGGCCUUCCUGGCUAUGCUCUAUGUUGUCUACCUGGUGGAGUGCUGGCACUGCUACUCCAAAACAGCCAACCUAGCUAAAGUGGAGAUCAAUCAGGUGUACGAUCGAAUCCAGCGGCUACAGCAGGCCACACCCUGCAUCUGGUGGAAGGCCAUCAGCUAUCACUAUGUGCGGCGAACCAGGCAAGUGACACGCUACCGCAAUGGUGAUGCCUACACCACCACACAGGUAUACCAUGAACGGGUCAACACGCACACCUCCAGCUCUGAGUUUGACUAUUCACGACAUGGCGUCAAGGACGUGUCCAAAGAGCUGCAAGGCUUGCUGGACCACCCUGUCACACGACUUCGCUUCACUAAGUGCUUCAGUUUUGCCAGCGCCCGUGCAGAGACCGCCUACCUUACACAGCGAGCACGCUUCUUUGGAGACAAUGAGGGCCUGGAUGACUACAUGGAGGCACGGGAAGGCAUGCAUCUGAAGAACGUUGACUUUCGAGAGCACAUGCUAGCAUUCCCAGAUCCCGCACGCCCCCCUUGGUACACACGCCGUUGGGUAUACUGGCUGGCUUCUGCUCUGCUGCUGUCCUGGCCGCUCAGGGUGGUCGCCGAAUACCGCACAGCCUAUGUCCACUACCACGUAGAGAAGCUCUUUGGUGAAAAUGAGGACGCUAGUGACAACGAUAACAGUGAGAAUUAUCGGUCAGGAUUUGAGCAUGGCACAGGAGGUCCCACUCUGCGUGUUAUAUCUCGUGUGAACACAGUGGACAUAACUGAACUGGAGUGGCACAUUCGCUGCAACCAGCAAAUAGUGCCCAGCUAUUCAGAGGCCUUGCUUAUGGACCUGGACAUGAACACUAACACACCACUGUCAGUUGCAAUGGCAGCCCAAAUGAGACGCAACUCCAGCUACUUCCUCCAGAGCUGCCCUCGUUGCCGGAGGUCCACAAGCAGCUCUUCUUUGCCCUCCUGGGUCAGAGGGAACGUGAUAAUGGGUGCAAACUCAUUUCCAGUCAGGGCUGGAGGGAGGCUGGUUUUGAGCCGCAGCGGCCUCUCCCUGGGACGCUUCCACUCUACCCGAAAUCGCCACACCUGCCUAUUUCACUCAAGGAGCCUUGGAGGAGGACUAGGGGCCAGAGGGGAGGAGGGAGGUGGGGGCUUUCUAGGCCUGGGGUUCCGCACAGCAGAUGAGGAGAGGAGAGGUGUUCUAGAGGGGGAAGGGGAGGGGCUGGAGGAUGAAGAGAAUUGUGAGGCUGAGGAGCGAGGGCAAGGAAACAAUAGAGAGAAUGGAGAGGUCAGGGGAGAGGAGAGAGACAGGCCACCGGCCUAUCAGGAUGCUCUGUACUUUCCUGUGUUGAUCAUUCAUGGAGAAGAGAGCUGCCAUGGUGGGCAGGACAUUGACACUGGAUAAUGCUGGGGACUGGUGUGUGAAAUGUAGCUUAGGAUGUUUGCAAUGGUGUUCAGGUAAGUGAACUAAAGGAAUAGAAUAGGGAGUAGGACAGAAGACUGUUGGGCACUUACUGAGGAAAAUAAUGCAUACCCAGGAAAGAGACUAAGAUGAAAGUAAGGUAAAAGCUGAAUGUUUGAUUAUUUGAAGAAAGCGUUGUUGAAUGUGUUGUUACCCUAUUCAAGACAAGAGAGUAGCACUAAAGAACAACUCCAGUAUGAAUGAAUGUAUAGAAUUUCAUAAGGUUUAAUGGAAAACAUGAUAUCUGGGACAGUUCAUGUUUGUGCCAACUGGCACAAAGUUUACAUGGACUGACCCGUUAGAAAAUUCUAAGAGGCAUGAAUCAUUAGAUAUAAAUAUUCUAUUAUUCUAUGCCUUGGAAUAACAUCUUCAUAAAUGGAAAAAAUGCUUGGUCUGUCCAUGUAACGCAUCUGUCACUCUAAGAGUAUUGUAGUUUACAUGAAAAGCUGGACAACUAUACCCGAUCACUUAGUGAAGACAUUCCAGGCCUAGCAACUCAAAAUAAUGAUGUAGUCCAUGCUACAGUUUGAAUCAGGCAGUAGCCUAAUGCCAUUAUUUUAAAAAAAAGUAUAACUGUAGUUAUACUGUAGAGCAGAUGGUCUCAGAGUUCAGUUAAUUUCUUUAAGGAAAUGAGAGCUGACUGAAACAAAGCCAAAAGAUCUCAGGGGAAAAGAGACUAUUCUUUUGUAAUAGGGAAUGAAAAUGGUAGAGAUUUGUUAGGGGAGGAUGUAGGCUGAUGAAUUGUAAUCCCUUGCUGUUUGUACUUAUGCUUCAACCCACCAUAUUGUGUCAUGAUUUCUUUUAAUCUUUUUAAUUGCCUUGUAGAAGCUUGGUGCUCAUGAUUCCACUGUUCUUUGCCUUAAAGGUGUUUCUAUUCAGCGCCUUGUUUGCACUGCUAGCACAACCUCUUAUAGCUAUAAUACAGCAUUAUUCUUAAAGUUCUUUACAUAUACAGUGAAUUUGUGAACCCUUUAGAAUUAUAUGUACUUCUGCAUGAACAGUUUCUAAAAUUUGAUCUGAUUUUAUUUAACAAAUGACAUAUUUCACAUAUCUUGAACACAUGAUUUAUCAAUGGAACUCACUGAUGAUCUGUGGGCCCUUACGUGACUAAAUAGCGCAAAAUCUUUCUUUAUCAGCAGUACCUUCAACCAAACCCUGUAGCUGCUAUUUAGUCCAUGGUGCAGCAUUUAGGACAUAUUUUGCCAUAUUUCUUGCACUGACCUUUGUGGAAACCCACUCCUAGUGUGGGUAGUAACUGUGAAGCAUCUGCCUGAUUGUGGACUGAUGGAAGCCUGCAUCUUCAGACAUUCUGUUCUAAUGCUUUAAAAUCAUAUGUGCAUCAAUAUAUUGUAGUUGAACAGAUUUCUGUUGUGAAGAACAGAUAAUCAAAAUUGUUUUUUUUUUUUUUUUAUAUGGCAGGACAGGUCAAACUCGCACAUUAGUUAAUUGGAACAGUUGACUCCAGUUGCCCUCUUUUCAAGGAGACAUAUUCCCAGAACUCAUACUUUUUCCAUAAAUGACCUUGAUUGUUUAAAACAUUUUCAGUAAAGAUGGUCUUAAUAAGACUAUCUUUAUUUAUUCUUAUGACUAGGAUGAAGAUCAGCUUAAAUUAGGACUGUUCAUGCAGAAAUCCAGAUAACUCCAGAGGAUUUACAGUUCCUCAAAACAGACAGGGGUUUAUAACUUGGUCUCAGGAAGAAACAUGUAAAAGAAAUAAAUAUGAAAAAGGGAAAGAGGUUAACUCCAUCUUAACCCCCUCACAUCUGUGCAAUUUUUUGUUGAGCUCAUUGUAGUGGUACAAAAAUAAUAUCACGUGACCGCUUUAAACAUUCGCUCAUCUUCCUCUUCGCUUUGCCUGCUCCCUGUACUGCUUGAAUAUUGGCAGCUUUUGUCAUUUAAGUUCAAAUAAGGCUGCCCUUUGAUGAAUUUGGAUGAUUCUGCUAGAAUUAUAUGGAAUAUUACAAUAUGUAAUGACUGUCACUAGUGAAAAGCACAUGAUUGUCUAUUAAAACAUAAGCCAUGAUCCAGAACUACACAGUCCAAUUUCCACACUAAUACAAACCAGCUUGCAAAUCCCACAUUGAAGCAUGCUACCCUAACGUAGGCUCAUUAACAAGCACAACUAUCUGUCAUCUGCUUUACAAACAGUGCAGGGAAUGCUGUGAACAGAGUGGCUGCUGUAAAGCUAAUCACAGAAUGAAUGAAUGUACCAGUAGAGUCCUGCACAUUCAAGAAGAAUAUGUUCUACAAUCUGGGACAGCAAAAAAUAAAUAAAUAACUAAAUAAAUAACUCAAAGCACACAGCAAAUGCAUCCCUAUUUUGUCAGCAGGGUUGCUGCUUACCUGGUAAUUGCCACUACUUCAACUAAACCUGAACAUUGUUUUUUCUGUGGUGAUGAUCACAGUGAUGGUUAUGGUGGUGGUAAUGGAGGUCAUAUAAAUAAAGUCAAACCAUUAGCAAUCUGUUUGAGUAUUUCUUUUCUGAAUUGCAAGAGUGUGAGGCACGUAUUAUCAUACUGUAUGACAAAAUACCUUGGAUUAUUCAACUGGAGUCCCAAUGAGUGACAUCACAGCAAUGUCAGUAUGAGCUGUUCAUUUUAAGUGCUAGUCAUACCUUCAUGCUGACUAGAAAAAAAAAAUACUACAUUAUCUUAAACAAUACUUUUUUAUGGUCCAUAAAGUCAUGUUCAGAUGUUAUCUUAACAAUUAUAGAUUAUAUAUUACAAAUAAAAUUCACCACGAUAUUCACUACACUAUAUUUAACAGACUUCUCACGGUUUUUGACAAACAUCCAUUUAUUUCUCUUUUUAUGGAAAUCUAUGAGGAAAUGUAAGUACUAUUUCUGUGUGGACAGAACAAGAGAGGAGAGUUUACUACAGUGGUUGUUGAGAGCUGUUUUUAGGUAUGGAUCAAUGUAGGGCACAUUCACUGUAUCUUUCUAGCCAGCUGUAUUUAUUUUUAUUUUUGCCUUCACAAACUACUCUCUAAAUGUUGAUUUGAACAUCAUUUUUUAGUAUGUGCCUUUAUUCUACUUAACUGUUUUUCAUAGUAGAUAAAAUGCAUUUUCUGUCUGGAGGACAUCUCAGUUAAACUAUGUUUUUAUCUUCAGUAACAUUGACAGAAUAUAUUUAGAUGGAAAUGUGUAUUAUGUACAAAUCUGGAAGCAAACUGGGGUUUCCUCUUCAGAGAUGAGCAAGCUAUUCAACAUUUAUACAUUCUUUUUUAUUGUUUUAAAGGCUAUUCUUACUGUUUUAUAUAUGAAGAAAGCAGUAGUUGUGCUGUCUGUUUUACAUUGGCAAGGCUGUCUUUAUGAUGUCUUUCUUAACCCUCCCCUUUCACCCAUCAUUGUUCACUAGCAGCUCAACACCAAGUCACAACGUUUCACUCACAGAAAUCAACAGUGUUACAGUUAAUCUGAUUACAUAGAUAUGGGGAAUUUUUUUGUGUAUAUAUUAAUUAAAAUAUCUGGCUCAAUAUCAUUUUAGCUGGUGGGAUGGCCACUAGGGGGCCAGCAGAAAGGGGCUGCAGACAUUGCUAAUACACAGAAUUGCUGUGCUUUUUCUGAAAAGGCCCAGUAGCUGGACUGUAAAGUUUUUUUCUAAAUGAACUGGUGGAUUGUACAUGAAAAGAAAUUACCUAUAUAUCCCUUCUUUACAAACCUGUGCAGACAGUACAGACAUUGUUUGAGGUGAUUUAUUUGAACAUAAACAUAGAUGCAGAACAAUUGACUUCUUUUAUUUUAGUUUACUAAGAAAAUUAUUGGGCUAGUCAUGAAGAUUGCAUUGUAUUAUAGUGGCUUUCCUCUCUCCCUCUCUUUCCUCCUGUUCUCCCUCCCUCUGAUCAUAAUCUGUGCAUGAAGGAUAGUGCCACUAUAGUCACAGCUCUAAUGACAAAUGAGAUCAAAAGAGAGAGAGAGAGAGAGAGACAGGCAAAGAAGGACGACGAGAGAACGCUUGCACACGUGGGAGAAAGAGCAGCUCAGCUGCACUGGAAAUUAUUAGUGGACGUGUGGAGGACAGACAAGGACGAGAGACAGGCAGUAAAGCAGCACUGCACGUAGCGUCUGUUUCUCUGAACUGAGCAGUGAAGCAGUGAGGAUGUCCAGGGACCAGCUGGACUCGGUGGCAAGCCAUAUGGAGAGUCUGCUGUCGGUGGCUGUACAGCUGCAGGCACAGUGUCGAGAGCAGAGUGUGCAGCUGGCUACUCUGACUGCCCAGCUGAGGGAGGAGGCCCAAAACCUCCGCCAGCAAACGUCACUGGCUGAGCAGGACAUGGCCGAGAUACAUAAAACCCUGGAAGAGCUGAUGGACACUAAGAUGGCAUUUGAGGCCAAAGAGAGGCAAGCCCGCAAGCUCAGCAAGCAGCUAUGAGCUAAGUCAUGGAGAAUGCCAAAGGUAGAGGUCAGCCUGUUUUAGUGAAUUUUAACAAGAAGAAGGUACAGACCAAGAAGAAGGUACAGACCAAGAAGAAGGUACAGAAUAAGACACUUAAGCCAAGGGUGUCCAUCUUCUGUCUUGGAGGAACAGUGUCCAGCACAGUUUGGUGAUUUUCAUGCUUAGACAUACCUGAUUCAAUUGUUUAGGACCACAAGUAGACACCCCUGCAUUAAGUUGAUGUUUAAAAGAGCUCAGUGAAAAAAUAUUCAUCUUAAAUUAGAAAUUCAUGGUAAGCUUGAAAGUUUGCUUUUUGUAUAUGACACAUUGCUUGAAUAAUUGCAUUACACUAUAUCAUCAUGACUUGUGGAUAAAACUCUAGCUUAUUAUACAGUACCUUAUGGUGAGUGUUUACACAGAGGGCACUGAACUGUGAUCAUUUCCAUUCAGUUUUGUUUACGGGUAUUCCAAUAAAUCAGAACAAGGGUGCCUUUAGCACCAAAGAAGCAG